AAUGUCCUUUUCUCUUAGAAGUCCAACCAUCGUGGCAAGCGGCCAGACAGAAACUUUAAUCCUAAUCAUACAGCUAUAAAAAUGGGUUUCGGCGAUUUAAAAACUGAUGCUGGACUUCAAACCUUGAAUUCCUUUCUUGAAGAUAAAAGCUACAUUGAAGGAUAUGUGCCAUCACAGGCUGAUCUGAUAGUUUUUGCCGCUCUUUCUGGCCCACCAAAAGCAACUUAUCACCAUGCUCUCCGUUGGUUCACACAUGUUUCCUCUUACACUGAUCAAGAAAAGGCUGGAUUUGGAGGCGUUAAGAAUAGUCUAGAUUCAUAUGGUCCUGCAGGUGGAGCAUCGGCUGCUGCUGCUGAAGAUGAUUUUGAUCUGUUUGGAUCAGAUGAUGAGGAGGAGGAAGCCCCAAAACAGCCAGCUCCAGCAAAACCAAAAAAAGUAGUAAUCGCAAAGUCAGUGUUGGUUCUUGAUGUUAAACCCUGGGAUGAUGAAACAGAUAUGUCAGAAAUAGAAAAACAUGUCCGCUCAAUCGAAGCAGAUGGACUCGUGUGGGGUUCCUCAAAACUUGUCCCCGUUGGUUAUGGAAUUAAAAAAUUGCAAAUAUCGGCUGUUAUUGAAGACGACAAGAUAAGCACAGACAUGCUUGAAGAAAGAAUCACAGAAAAGGAAGAUCUUAUUCAAUCAAUGGACAUUGCCGCAUUCAAUAAGGUCUAAAAGGAGUAAAUUUGAAGAGAGUCAAUAUAAAUUUCUA